AUGGAUGCAACUGCAACUGAGCUGGACUUUGAGGCAUUUGAAGAGAUCAGCUAUGCCACUUGGCAUGUCCUUGGGCCGCUGCCGAGGCAAGAGUUGGAAUACCUCUUGAAGAGUCCGGACGCCUCAGCGGCGGAAGACCUGCCAGUGAAGGUUGAGGGGGCGCUUCGCCAGCAGCUGCAGAAGCAGCUCUUUCAGGUGGGCGCAGAGAAGCAGCGGGGCAGCCUGUUCGGGCGACUGAAGCGCUCUGCCUCUGCAGAGGAGACGUUAACGAUCGUGGAUCACUUGCUCUAUGAAGACCUGGUCUUCCAUCACAGGCACUUCACCCUGCUGCUGAACUCCUUAGGGCGUCGCUCCCUUUGGAGGACGUCCCUGCAGCUCUUGCCAGAGAUGUGGCAGAGGGACUUGGUGCCCAACAGCAUCAGCUUCAAUGCGGCCAUGGACGCGUGCCAAAAAGGUGCGGCUUGGCAACAUGCCACCAGCCUGCUGAAGGAGAUGGAGUCUGAGGAGAUGGGUAUUCCAUCGCCCGAUGUGGUGAGCUACAGCACUGCCAUGAGUGCCUGUGCCAAGGCAGGCAACUGGGAGAUGACCUUGGGUUUCUUCGUUUCCAUGCAGCAACGCCUCCUGUCACCUGACGCGACGUCGGUGUCCAACGUGGUGACCGCUUGCAGCAAGGGCGAACAUUGGGAGUUGGCGAUCCAAUUGAUGGAAGACCAUCAGUGCAGGCGAGGUGAAAUGGACCUCGUGUGUCACAACGCGAUGAUCCAUGCUAUGUGCAGUGGCAAGCGAUGGCAGCAGGCGGUGGACCACUUUGACCAAUUGCCUUCCGCGGAUGUGGUGAGUUACAACACUACCAUGAUGGCGCUGAGUGAAAGCCAGGAAUGGCAGAAAGCUUUGGAGCUUUUCCAGCAGCUGAAAAGACAUGGGCCCUUGCCCACCACCAACAGUAAAUGUGUGUUGCUCAUCCUCGCCUCCAUUCUGUGUCUUGGUCUCAACGGCCUGUGA